UUUUUACCAGUGAUUAUGUUUCAGUAGGAAUGUGAUGAGCCAAUGGCCUCUGUGUCUGUGGCUUCAUCCUUUUGUUUCCGCCAUUAAAACUUCGCCAUCCAUUUUUAACCUAAGAAAUCAACACCCUCCAUCUGUUCUCUUCUAUAAAACUCCUCGUCAAGAUUCCCCUUGUGGCGGCCCCCUCUCAACACACCAAAGGAAAAAGAGAAGGAAGAAAAAGCACGGGCAUGAACGGUCUGUCUUUGUCGCCGCCUUGUCGACCUUGAAUUUUUCCGACAAGGGUUCAAUUAUUUGCAGCUUCUUGUCAAAUUCUCGACAAAAUUUUGUGUGAAUGGGUAUGUUUGCUUUUGAAUUUUGUAUACUUCGGCUUAACCAUUGAAUUUUGAAGUUUUAUUAAGUGCUUUGUUUGCUUUUAAUUCUUCAAUUGUUCGACCGGAUUCAAAGAAAUAAUUCAUCAGCUUUGGGGGAGUUUUUGCUGUUUUAUGUAUCUUGAUCCCAUGUCGCCCUGCCCUUAAUUGGAGGCUUUUAAACUUGUUCUGCUUGUGAGAAUUCAAUUCCUUUAUGCCUGAAUCGAUUGAAGAUUUUAGCUUUAUCAUGCUUUUUGGGCUCUGUUUUUUCUAGGGUUUGACAUCUGGUUGACCCCGUAUCGAAUUUAGGCUUCUGAUCGAGUGUAGGUAGGCUUUUUGAGUUGACUUGGGUCAUUUUCGUAAGAUUGUAUCUAAUUGGUAAAUCUGCCAGCGUUUUGCUGGUAUAAUGGACGACGGAGAGCUUGAGUUUUCAAACCAUGAAAUGUUUUCGAACUCGAGUUUUGGUGAUCUUCCGAGUAGUUGCUCUAUGGGUAGCUUCCUUGAUGAAAUUCUUAAAGAUACCCAUGCCUGUACCCAUACCCAUACUUGCAACCCGCCUGGUCCCGAUAACUCGCACACCCACACUUGUUAUCAUGUCCACACAAAAAUUGUGCCUGCCCCAAGCGAAGAUAAGACCCCCACUGAUGACACUGCUGAGUCCACUGAAAAGAAGUCAAAGAAACGACCUUUAGGGAACCGUGAAGCUGUGCGCAAGUAUCGGGAGAAGAAAAAGGCUAGGGCUGCUUCAUUGGAGGAUGAGGUUGUUAAGUUGAGGGCUUUGAAUCAGCAACUGAUGAAGAGGCUGCAGGGUCAGGCUGUUUUGGAAGCUGAGAUUGCAAGGCUUAAGUGCUUGCUUGUGGAUAUCAGAGGAAGGAUUGAAGGUGAGAUUGGAUCUUUCCCAUAUCAGAAGUCAGCCAACAAGAGUGGGGAUGCUUAUCUUGCUAAUCAUAAUCUGCCGGCUGCAUAUGUGAUGAAUCCGUGUAAUGUGCGAUGUGAUGAUCAACUUUACUGUCUUCAUCCUGGAUCAGAAGGCAGAAGUGCUGAAGCUGCAACAUUGAAUGGUCAAGGCUUCAAUGAUUGUGAAUUUGAGAAUCUUCAUUGUUUAGGCAACCAAAAUUCAGGCUUGAAGGAGCUUCCUGGUUGUGGAAUGGGCAAUGGCGUGCCUUCUACCAAUACUUCUAACGGGAAUAAAAAAAAAAGGAGUUGCACGCUCAGGAACAGGAGGUUGACAAGCUAUCCUGGAAGCUUCCUCAUUGUUUUCUUUCAGAGCCUGGAAGUUAGGUCAUCACCCCUUGAUCUUUUAAGCUCCAUAGGGGGGGAUUGUUUUCAGAUCUUUAUGAACCAUCAGCAGCCUUUAUUUUGUGAAUGUUAUGUAAAGCAGAAUCGCUCCCUUAGUGUAGCUGGCAGAUGCUAUGAAGGGGAAACCAAAUUUCUUGGUUUUCUAUAAGCUUGAUAGCUUUCUUCAUCAGCUGUUUAUUCUUUUUUUCCAGACACUAACUAUUGUUAUUUAAUGCGUUUAUUCCUUA